CCAUUUGACCAUGGAGACAGGAAACCACACAAGUGCCUCCGAGUUCAUCCUCCUUGGGCUCUCCAACCGACCAGAGAGGCAGGAGCUCAUCUUUGGGCUCUUCUUUAUCAUGUACUUGGUCGGCGCCACAGGGAACUUGCUCAUCAUCCUGGCCAUUGGCUCAGACUCCCAUCUCCACACACCAAUGUAUUUCUUCCUCAGCAACCUCUCCCUGGUGGAUUUCUGUUUCAUCUCAGCCACAGUCCCCAAGAUGCUUGUGAACAUUCAGACACAGACUCAGUCCAUUUCCUAUGGUGGCUGCCUAACCCAGAUCUACUUCUGCAUUCUACUCGCAAACAUGGACAACUUCCUCCUGACAGCAAUGGCAUAUGACCGCUAUGUGGCCAUUUGCCAUCCCCUCCAUUACUCCACCAUGAUGAGUCUGCAAGUCUGUGGUCUGAUGCUGGGGGCUUCUUGGCUCAUUGCCAGUCUUCACUCCCUGCUGCAUACCCUCCUCAUGGCUCGGCUGGAGUUCUGUGCCAGUAAUAUCAUCCCUUACUUCUUCUGUGACCUUGUUCCUCUGCUCCAGCUCUCCUGUUCCAACACCCAGCUCAACCAGCUCAUGAUUCUGCUGGUGGGAGGCUUGAUUGUCCUCAUUCCCUUUCUUGGCAUUCUCAUCUCCUAUAUACACAUUGUGUGUGCUGUGCUCAAGGUCCCAUCUGCUCGGGGUAAACAAAAAGCCUUUUCCACCUGUGGCUCCCACCUCACUGUAGUCAUCCUCUUCUAUGGGACCAUCACAGGAGUCUAUCUGAGUCCCCCAUCCUCCCACUCUGCUGACAAGGAUUCACUGGCAUCAGUGAUGUACAUGGUGGUGACUCCAAUGCUGAAUCCCUUCAUCUACUGCCUGAGAAACAACGACAUGAAAGGAGCUCUCAGGAAACUGUUCAGCUUGAAGGGUUUAUCCCAUGGGCUAUGACACAACAGUUUCUCCUUGGGGCCUUUGCACUGGGAAGGGAAAGCACUCCAGGCACAGGCCUCACAGACAGGGAGGAAAAAUACAGAUCUUGUCUGAAAUUGUCACCAUGGCUGAGGGAAUGAAAUUCCUCUUUACACCAAUAGGUAAUUUGCAAGUCUGAUAAAUUUCUUGUCCCCUAUACAGGGUAUUUCCAGACAACCAAGAGGGGAAUAAACUUUUUCCCAAAGACAUAGAACCACAUCAAAAGAUUUAUCUGCAGAUCUUUUGAGAAGGUUGAAAAGGUUAUACAUUCCAUGUAAACAUGAUGAACUCAUAGGAACUCAUGACCUGUGCUGAGAGCCUGUGCCAAAGACAAGCCUCCAAUUACCUAGCCCAUCUGAAAGUCAUUGUUCUGCCAGCACUGUCUCCUCUAAUGCUGUUCCAGCAGGCCCAUCUUGCCCAUUUCUAUCUAUAAAAUCCUACUUGUCCUUCAACACUCAAACCAAAUACCACAUCCUUCGUGAAACCACCUCAAGUGUCUCAAGUCAAAAGAGCACAUCCUUUUCAUUCUAGAGCACCAUAAAACUCAAAAUUUAAUUCCAGCCCUUUUUAUGCUCUGCUUUACAUUACUUAUGUUCACCCCAAAUUCUACCCUAGACUACAAAAGAUCCUAUUCAUUUUAAUAACCCCUGCAGACUGGAUGGUGGCACAGCAGUAAAGCACAAAGCUGCUAAAGUUUUGCAAUCCUGACCCACAUGGGAAGUUCCAGGUUCA